UAAAAGAAAUUAAUUAUUUAGAAUAGUUAUAAAAGGAUUUUAUAAAAUCAAACAGUGAAAAUAAGAUAUAGUGAAGUGAUCUCAAUUCUCAGAGACAUAAGCGGCGUCAUCUUGGGAAGUUGUUGCUGAUCGCGACAUAACGACCUCGCCGGACGUCUUCUGAACUUUGAUUUCUUUGCCGGCAAAAAAGAAUUCGACUUUCCAAAGCUUCACCGGAGAGUUAAUGUGUUUUGAUUUUUAAUUCUCUCACUGAAGAAGGAAUCAGGGAGUAUCUCAAAAUCAAGGCGUCCCUCUUCCAUUAAUUCGAACUGAGAGUCAUCUUCAAAAUCCAAAAUCGUCCUCCUUCCAAAGCCGACGUCUUGCACUUUCGAAAAUGAAAAUCUCUCUGGAAUUUGAUUCUAAAAGGGGUUUCUUCCCCGACUUACAAAAAUCGUAUCAACCCCAGACUGAUUUGGAAGAAGCAAAAGGACAUGAAAUUCUGAAUUUACACAACUCCCUGCAAGCAAUACAUGCUAAAGUUAAUGAAACAAAUGCAUUGCUUACCAAGGAACGUGAAACUGCACAUAUACGUUGCUUUGCUCAUCUUCAACAGAUACAGACUGCAAGGGAAAAGGGUGCACUCCAAGAAGCAAAGGAUAAGCUUCAAGCGCAAGUGGAAGACCUCACUUUGGAUUUACAGUUGCAAAAGCGCUUGAAGGUAAUGUGAACUAAAUUAAAUUUGAGUGAUUAAAUAUCUGUGGCGUUAAAUAUUAGGAUGAAUAUGAGAAGGGAUAAUGAUGCAGACUGAGUUGGAAGAAGCAAAUGGACAGGAAAUUCUGGAAUUACAAAACUCCCUGCAAGCCAUGCAGGCUAAAGUUAAUGUAACAAAUGCAUUGCUUACCAUGGAUCGAGAAUCUUCACAGGAAAAGAUUGACAAAUUAAGUGAAACAGUGGAAGAAUUGAAGACUUUGUUAGAAUCAGAGAGAAACCUAAAAGAAGAAAAAUUAAGUGAAAGUAAGCAGCAGAAGUUGGAAGAAACUGAAAAAAGGGCGAAUCAACUUCAGGAAUCUAUGAAUAGGCUUGAGGAGAAGCUCAUCAACAUAGAAUUGGAAAAUAAGGUUCUUCGUCAACAGGCCUUAUUAAUGGCAUCGCAGUUGAAGUCAAUUUUGGAUCUUCAUAGCACUUCAAUGCAGUUGAAGGUCGCUGAUAUGGAGGAAAGACCACAGAAGUCACUUUAUGAGAAACAACAGGAAUAUCAAGAUUUACUCAUCCGAUGCAUCACCCAACACCUUGGAUUCUCAAAAGGGCGUCCAGUCGCUGCUUGCAUCAUAUACAAAUGUUUGAGACAAUGGCAAUCUUUUGAAGUAGAAAAAACCAGUUUUUUUGAUCGUAUAAUUCAUACCAUAGGCCAAUCAAUCGAGAUACAAGGUAACAAUAACCAUGUCCUAGCCUAUUGGUUAUCUAAUGUAUCAACAUUGCUCUUGUUGUUCAUGUUGGAGCAAGCUGAAGCCAAUUGCCCAGCUUUCCUGUUCAAGCAGAAAUUAACAGUAUAUGUUGAAAAAAUAUAUGGGAUGAUACGUGACAACUUAAAGAAACAGAUUUCUUCCUUGCUUAAAUUGUGCAUUCAGGCACCAAGAGAUUUUGAACCAGAGUUCCUAAAUGAAACAAAUGAUUCUCAGGAUAUUCUCAUUGAUCAUUGGCAAGGGAUCCAAAACAACCUUGAUAGCUUCCUAAACAUAUUGAAAUCUUACUAUGUGCCAUCAUUUUUGGUUCGGAAAAUCUUCACGCAAAAUUUUUCUUACAUCAAUGCACGAUUAUUCAACAGUGUUCUGUUGAGACGAGAAUGCACAACUUUCAGUAACGGAGAAUAUGUGAAGGCAGGGUUGUCUAAACUGUACCAUUGGUGUUACAAAGAAACUGAAGAGUAUGUGGGAUCAGCUUGGGAUGAACUUAAGCACAUAAGACAAGCUGUUGGGUUCCUGGUUAUACAUCAAAAGCCAAAGAAGACACUAGAUGAAAUAAGUCAUGUAAUGUGCCCGAUUCUUAACAGACAACAGCUAUACAGAAUUAGUACUCGGUAUUCGGAUGACAAAUAUGUCACUCAUAGCCUUUCUCCAGAUGUAAUUCAGAACAUGAGAAUGCUCAUGGAUUCAGAUAAUUCCGAGAGCAGCUCAUUCUUGCUGGAUGAUGACUCAAGCAUACCAUUCUCUGUUGAUGAUCUCUCCAAAUCAAUGGAUGAGAUGAAUAUAGAAGAUGUGGAGCCCCCACCACUUAUUUCUGAUAAUUCAGGUUUCAGUUUCUUAAAGGGGCGACAUGAAUCAUGAAUCAUAUGAUCAUUUGGAUUUUUGGUUUAAUUUUUAUUGCUUUUUGCUCACUCGUGUUCAUGAUUAUGGUUCACUUAUCUUGAAGUUGACCUUGAUGGGAUUGGGUAGUGUGACUCAACAUUAGAUUGAAGAUGUGUGGGUUUGACCUAUUUACUUAGUAAUUAAUAGAUUAAUUUUAGUAAUAUGAGUU